CCCCGCACGAAAACAAGUCCUCCUCGAUCUCGAUCGGAAGUAGCUCGGCCUAGUCCGUCUUCUCUCAAAGCCUACUCAACCUACGUCUACGUAAGGGUGGGACAUCAUGGACAUGGUGCACAUCGACCUCCUGCUGGAGAUACUCCGCCGCCUGCCCCCUCGCAGCCUCGCCGUCUCCCGCUGCGCCUGCACGGCCUGGCGCGCCGCCAUCGACCACCACCGUCUCCUGCGCGCCGACCUUCUCCCGCUCUCCGUUGACGCCGCCGUCUACGACGAGCGCAGCAGCGAAGAGCCAGCGAGGCUCUUCGGGCGCCCCUCCACCGCACGCCACAUCACCAGCAACCUUGAGUACCUCGCGGACAACCGGUUAGACGUCCGCGGCGUACAGGAUCACUGCAACGGCCUCUUCUUGACCCACGGCUGGAUGGAUGAAUUCAGGGUCAAGGUUGUCAACAUCGCCACGCGGCAGUGGGCGCCGCUGCCCCUACUGCCGUGCGCGUGCUCAUGGCCACCGGCCAUGUGCGGGCGCUGCCGCAACAACCGCUACCUCGUCUAUGAUCCCACCAUCUCACCACACUACAAGGUGUUGUACAUCCCUCGUAUUCUCGCCGACACCACCUGCGCCGAGUGGCCGCCUACGCCUUAUGUCAUGUAUGUCUUCUCGUCAAGGACAGACUGUUGGAAGGAGACGUCAUUUGUUCGAGAAGGUGCUGCCGCUGGAACCGCUGACGAUGUAAACUCCUGUAGCUAUGAUCCUGAUGAGCACAUGCACUACGCCGCUUAUUGGCAAGGGUCCCUCUACGUUCCUUCCCCGCGCAUAAAGGAUGAUUUUCUUUUGAGAAUAAACUUGUCGAGUGACAAGUACCAGCUAAUUAAGUUGCCAAAAGGACGAGUAGAAUCACAUUUUCGUCUAGACAAAUGGAAGAAAGGGGUCUAUUGUGUAAUGGAUACCAAUGUGCGAUGCACGUUUCGAGUUUGGUUUCUUCAUGAAUCGUGUGGUCUGACAGACUGGGUUUUGAAGAAUGAAAUCAACCUUGAGCCGGCAUUUACUAAACAAGAUUGGCACUAUGGACCAUGGAUCCCACAGCCGCCUGAGCAUAUCCAGUUGUUGUUGAAGAGUAAUAUCAACCUUAAGCUUGCAGAUGAAUACAACGAAGCAGUAGCGAAAGAUGGUUUUGAUUGGGACUCUGACGACGAAGAUCUUGUUAGCAUUACAGACUGGCCUAAAAAGUGUGAUGCUUACAUUGAGGGCCCUUAUUGUCUUGGUUUUCAUCCCUAUAAAGAAAUUGUCUUCUUUAAUGAAAGAGGGGUGUCCCCUUGUUCAAUGGUAGCCUACCAUUUAAACAGCUCAAGGAUACGGUACCUGGGUAAUAUGAGGUCCCGCUGCCACUAUUCAAUGGAAGAGGUUUCUUUUGCCUACACACCAUGUUGGAUGAUGGACUUACCUGGAAGCAACUGAUAGGCGCCAUGUGGUUGAAGUAUUUCGUUUUUAUUAGAUAAUCUAAAAAAAUUUCAGCGAGGAUCAAUGUGAGCGACAAUAUAAUGUCUUAUUUAGUUUUUCAUGGUACACUUUUUUGUAGCGGUGCUCGUAUGUGAUUUAUUUGUGGUGCUGGUGGAAUCAAGUCAAUUCUGU